AUGGCCAUCCUCCUCUGCUCCUACUGCAUCAGUUCCAUCCGAAGUGCCCGGCGCGAGGCCCAGACGCAGAAUUUGUCAGUGUUGCCCUCUCAGUCACAACAGGCGCCUUCGGGCCGGUCCGGGAAAGAGCAGUCGUGGGUUCAGCGGGCUCUGGAGGAGAGUCGGGCAGGGAAGGGGGACGAGGGGAAGGGGCCGAAGUAA